GGUCUUUAGAUUGGUCAUGCAGAAAACUUCCGUCUUUCGCAAGCGAUUUCAGACAGAAAGGAAAAUAUUCAAACGAGUUAACGAGGCUGAACAGCGAUCGGAUAAACACCUUUACUAACUCCACACAGCGACCGUCUUGGCGCCCCCUCAUCGCAAGACCCCCAGGAGUGAAUGACGCUCCCCUCAUCCCUUCCGCGCCCUGCUGAGGAUGACAAUGGAAGAGAUGAAGAAUGAAGCGGACGCGACCUCCAUGGUUUCCAUGACGCUCUACGCCGUGAUGUACCCUGUCUUCAAUGAGCUGGAGAGAGUAAAUCUGUCUGCAGCACAGACGCUGAGAGCCGCCUUCAUCAAGGCAGAGAAGGAGAACCCAGGACUGACUCAGGACAUUAUCAUGAAGAUAUUGGAGAAGAAGAACGUGGAGAUUAACUUCACAGAGUCUUUAUUACGCAUGGCUGCAGAUGAUGUUGAAGAGUAUAUGAUUGACAGGGCCGAGCGGGAGUUCCAGGAGCUGAACGAAAGGGCUCGCGCGCUGAAACGGAUCCUCAGCAAAAUCCCUGAUGAAAUCAACGACCGCGUCCGCUUCCUGCAGACAAUCAAAGACAUAGCCAGUGCCAUAAAAGAACUACUGGAUACAGUCAACAACGUCUUCAAGAAAUACCAGUACCAAAACAGAAGGGCACUUGAGCAUCAGAAGAAAGAGUUUGUGAAACACUCCAAAAGCUUCAGCGAUACUCUGAAAACGUACUUCAAAGACGGAAAGGCGAUAAAUGUGUUUGCCAGUGCCAACCGCCUCAUCCACCAGACCAACUUGAUACUUCAGACCUUCAAAACUGUCGCAUAGUAGUCCCAGAAGUGUUUUUUUUUAAUAACCUUUAUAUGAACAAUGUAAAAAAAAACCUGUAAUUUAUGAGUCUUGUCUCCUGGAGCUAACACUUAAGGCAGGAUGGCUUCUAUUAUCGUUUCUAACCCCACAUCUAAUCUGCUUCAUUAGCUGGAGUGACCGGCCAGUGUUUCUCGUAUCCUGAGCUUUACACUCACGCUUUCUCCCUCUGUUUUGCUUCCGAUGUGUUUUCUUUUUUUCCGGUCAGUCCAAGAGAAAGCCAAAUGCCUGGGAGCCUUAGGGGGAGAGAGAUGCAGGCAUUCUAGACGUGCUUGUAUAUGCUGGGGUCUUUCUCUGAUGCUUUGAACUUGAAUGAGAGAUGUAUAUUUAAUAGAUAUUUGGUAACAGAAUUAUUCAAUAAACACAGCACAUGUUGGAAGAUUUAAA